AUGGAGGAGACCACCAUCCUGGAGGCCGUGAAUCGGCUGAGAGCCGACCCCAAAAAGUUCGUAGGGUCAUUACGGGGAGACCCUCCUGAGGACGACCCUGUUGAUGCUGAAAAUCCAAUCGGCAAAGAUGAACGCAUUGAUAACGAGUAG